AUGGGAGCUCUUGGCCCUCCUGCCUCUCGCAAACGAAGGGGCGGAGCCCAUUAUAGAAUCAUCCCCGAGAAAGGUGCUGGGCAAUCUAAGGACCUUAGAGUUGUGGAGAAAACAUCAGGAGAUAGUGUCGAAUUGUCGUCGAGAAGGGUGCUAGGACAACCUAAUUGCCUUAAAGAUGCUGUGGAAAAAACAUCAGGAAAUAUUAGAAUAUCCGCGGAUGCAAAUUCAGUAGCUUCUACAUCGUCUCGGCUUUUGGGGCUGAAUAUCCAGUUCAGUCUGAGAAAUUGCUCCACUUGGGAAUGUAAAUGUUUCUGUUGGAGGCUGAUACAACAUGACCGUUACGACGCACAUUGCGGAGAUCCUCCGUCAAGGGAUCUGGGCUUCAUUAACAGGUGGAUGGUAUUAUGAGCCAUCGCAUUCCAUCUUCUGCAACACUGUCCAUCUUUACCUUUGGCUAGUUCUCUUGAUCGUGCCAUUGGUGGUAGGACUCGUAACAUCUGGAGCGCUUUCAUUAUCACUACUUGUUGGAUAUACUUGUUUCAUUGGCGUCCUCUUUGCGAUUCUCAAG